AUGCCCCAGAGGCGUCGACAACGCACCGAGAUCACGGCGGAACGUCGGCAGCAUUCAUCUGCUCUAGAACGAUGUCGGUUUGCUCUCGAUUCCCUAUUGCCACUGGAUCCAUACUGGACGCGCGUGCAGGUGCAAGGAGCAAACGCUCAGACGCAAUUCCAUCCGAAAAUCAUAUCCGUUUGCUCCUGUUUUUCUAUUACCAAUGGAUCUAUGUUCAAAGCGUCCAUGGGUGAAGGGAGCGCGUGCUCAGGUGCGAGUCGAUCAGAGACUCCUCCGCUCGUUCGAUGCUUGGGCUCACUAACGUAUUUCUCGUCCUUCACCAUCAGAUCUAGAAGCAACACGCUUGCACAAAUCGCCGGUUUCGCCAAGUUGCAAGUCAACGAUAAAGCGAUCAGUUCACAGGCCUCGUUUGCAGCGCAAAAAGACGAUUUUUCAUCUGGUCACGGGUCAAUGAGCAGCACGGUAUCCGCGUCGGGGGAUUCGGUCGACGCUCGAUACCGCUUUCGCGGAAUGGAGGCUUCGGCAGCAUCCUCAGCGGGAGCCAUUGUUUCCGAGUCAGUUGCGUCGAUUUCGAUGAGGUCAACUUCCGAGUCCGGUCUGCUGCUCUUAUUCUCAUCGCGCUCAUUAUCCGGAUCAUUUGACGACGGCAGAGGAAGGGUUUCCCACUCACCGAUGCUGCUGCCUUCGAGGAUGCGCCAGUUUGUUUCUGUCGCAGCAGUGUUCUCAGUGCCGGGCACCAGAUACACAUCGAAACGCAGUCGCUGA